UGCUUUAUCGUGAAGUAUACUACGUCUUGAACAGCGGGUUGUGUCAUGUAAAUGAUCAAAAAAAAUUAUGAUUAAUCGGUAGCUGGAAUCAAUGGAGGAACAGAGCCGAGAGUUCCGUGUCCAUUUGAAUAGUAACAGCUUUUUGCUACAUAARCAGAAUCUGCAAAAAAAGCUCGAUAAAUACGAAGAGGACUUUGCAAGGACAAUCAARGAUAUUUCUGAACGUCAAAAACUGCUCAGUUGCUCACUGUCUUCAGAAAGUGAACACUCUGCACCYAGCACAUCUACUAGCACCGACAGCUUGGCGUAUGGAAUCGGCGAAGGAAGCCGCAAUGUUAAAACAAGAAAGAUAUCCAAAAGCGAGAGCUUUGAAAGAACUARCCAGAGUUCAACUAGAAGUGCUAUUUCACUUCAAGGAGAAAGGCGAAGUGAUAUACUACCGACAAAAGCGUGGUCAUUUCCUUCGCGCGCUAGUAGUACAAAUAACAGGCAACUGAAUAACACAGAUGAAAAUUUAAAUGACAAAAUCUUACAUCGACAAAAGAGAACUCUGCGACGACAAAAACGCGUUGAGCGAAUCGAUAUUCCGAGCGAUUUGAGCCAGUACCAACGAUCGAACGCUCGAUUAGACAAAAUUUCUGUCGCCAACUUCGCCAGCGAUCAAAAAGAUAAACUUCAAAUCACUUUUACUGCGAAAAGUCAACAUGAGUAUCAAAAUGAUAUGUCAACAGAACCUGGUCAACGAUCAACACAAGCAGGCUUGAGAGAAGAAAAUGACAUAAACAAACCACACGAAGAGUACCUAUUCAAAAACAAGAUCCACAUGCCAUCUUUAUUACGACCAGCUAAUUUUCCUCCUACAACAAAUUUACAAGACCAAAAUUUCAAUAAUAACGCAAACAUUAAAUCCGUUGACGAUAUUUCACGAACUGUUCUCGAGCGACCCGUGAAUGCAAGAUUAUCUAGAAGCCUACAGUCUUUGAGUCCUAUAUCUGAAAAGGAAAAAGGAGUAUUGGGUCCAGUUAGAAGGUAUACUUUUAAYGGCGAUAGUGAAGAAAAUGAAAGUGCUAUUCCUCCUUUUGAGAAGCAGGUGAUUAAAGCACUAAAGAAARAUCAAUAUUUACCACAAUGCCAUAGAAACGCUUGGAGCACGGACACUAAUGAGAAGGAUUUCAAUAAAUCAAAUUUGAAUAUCGAUUCUGGGMGAAAAACGCUCACAAGGAAUCAAGACUCUAAAGAAAGGAAGAAAAGCAAUGGUUCUUCAGCUUCAAAAGGAUUCUUGCAACAUUCAAACGGCAAAAUAGAUACAAAGAUUGCUAAAAAAGAGGUCACUAAUGAUCAGAAAUAUUCAAAUGACAAGAACCCUAGAAGAAAACACAGCGGAAAGUUGAAUAUUGCCGGAAAUGAAGAGGUAGGCACUUAUGAAAAAAAUCGGCAAAGAAGCGGCUCUGUAAAAGAAGAAACUCGAUCGCUUAAUAGUUCGAAAGACACAGCARGGAAMRCGAAUACGAACACUGGUUGUGACAAUUAUUUACAUAAAACAGAGCUUCGACCCAGUAAAGCAACUUCAAGAAAAAAGAGCAUUGUUCGAAAACAAGGAAACAAUAUUAUUCAAAAUGAGCCAAACAGUAGCGGCGCUGCAAGACCAUCGAUCCAAUCAUUUGACAGCUGUGACAAAUACACGGAAAGUGAAAUAASAGAGAAARCUGCUGGCAAUGAACGUWCACUCYAUAAUAAAAGGUCYCUAUUGAGAAAAAAUAGCGGGGAGCGAAAUAUUACCGGAAAUCAAAAGGGUAGCAUAGCCAUUAAAAAAUAUGAUAAUGAUGUUUUUUUGAACAAUGUCGAUGAGAUUACCAAAAGCAGUGGACGUCAUUAUGAAGAUAAGCAAGAGCUUGACGCCCCAAAUAACGAUUCRAAAACAAUUAAAGAUUCUGAUUUUGGAGAUAACAAAACGUCUAAUACAGACCCAUCUUAUCAGGUGCUAGGAACUGACAACGAUAAGAUUUAUUCUUCCAUUAAGAUAAAAGGAGAGGGAAAGAAAGUGGAAGAGACAACAAGUAAUGUAGAUCAACAACUGGCCAAUCAGAGAGAAGGACAGCGACAGAUUAUCUYAACCAAUGAAAUUAAAGUACAGAAACCGGAAGAAGUUGUUAAUUCACAGACCAUAAUAGUCAAUCAGCUACAAUGGCAAAAUAGUAAUGGAUCCGACGGUCCUAUCGAGUCAGAGAAGAAGGCCGAAGAAAACCAUAAUUUGUCGUCUCAAUCAGCCAAUCAGCAGCAAGAACAUAAUGGAAUUGAAGCCAUUAAUCGGAACAAAGAAGAAAGACCGCAAGAAAAUCUACCACGAUCAAAAGGCUGGAGGAAAUUACAAGCGAUUCCCUUGGCUAGAAUCCAACAACUUCAAACAACUGGGGAAGAACACAAGRAACAAACGUUGAAAGACUUCGAGGACAAAMGCUCCAAUGCUGGUCCUGGACUUCUGAGCUUCAGGCAAGUAGUUCUCGCAGCCAUAAAAAGAAAACAAGAAGAAAAAGCAGAAGCUGAACGCAAAAGACAACUUUUAUCCAAGGAACGAAUGAUAGCAAUCCAACAGCCAACCGAAAGCUUUCUCAGACAAUCAUUUGACAAAGCAGUGCAUCAUGGGCAUGAACGACGACCUCCCCCUSAUAGGACGCAAGGGGGUGUUCAGUUUCGCACCGUAGUAAGAAGUCUUCAAAGUUUCCGUGACCUUAGCGAGACAGUAAACAGUAAUAGGGCGAAGAGAGCGGAGCGAAUUCGUAAGAAAUCUAACGUGACUUUGCCAUACACUCGAAAACUCGAGUUAUUAUCACAAGAAAAUAAAASUGUUGGUGAGAUGAUGAAAGAUGUCGAAGAUUGUCGGUAUUUAAGGAACAAAAAAUCUUUAUAGAAGAAAAUGUAAAAAGUAACAAAAAAAUAAUAAUUGCAAAAAUAAUUACAGAAAUUGUUAUUAUUUAUUUUUCAGUCUAAAUAUGUCAACCUCAUGGAUGAGCUAGUCUGAUGUUUUUGAGUGGUAUUAUAUAGCAAAGCUACGAAUACGGCACCAUCAUGAAUUAAUAUUAAGAAAUUAUUGGAUGAGCAAGGGGCAAAAUCGCAUUUCAUUAUAUCAAAUAAUAAGUGUUUCAAACAUCAAACCGUGAUAUAUUGCCAAUAUAUAGUGUGAUAUAACCCUGACUCUAAGUUUAAUACAGCAUUUGCUAUUAACAUAAAUUUAGUGCAGCACAGCUUCAUACUGAAAAUAAUAGACUGACCAAUAUAAAGGUAUGCUGAAACCUUUCUUUAAAGUGUUGAAUAUAUCGGUUCAAAACUAUGGUAGUUGAGACCGAAAAGGCAUAUGGGAAGCAAGUAUAGAUGUAUACAGUUGACUGCACUGAAAAUGUUGCAAAGAAAUUGAACUCGCAUACAAUUUGGUCUCAGUUCGCAAGAUUCAUCAUUUCAACCCUAAACAAAAUCGACAUUUACAAUAAAAAAGAACACAAAAAAGCAAAAGUUAUGCAAAUUAGCACAAUUGUUAUUUGUUUACAAUUCAUGACAGGAGUAUUUUGAAACAUUAUUCAACACGAAACUCUCUCACAGGGAGAUGAUUUAUACAAAAAAACUCACAGAAUUCGAAACUUCUAUAAAAAGUUUAAACACCAAGGAGGACUUAGUAAUGUUAAGUGAAAGAGAGACAAUAAUGUUGAAAGAAAAACAGGAAAAAAGAUAAAAUCUAGAAACGAAACGAGUUAUGCAACCCCGACGUGUGUUGUUGUUUUUUCGAUAUCGUUUACACUACACUCUAAUGUGCCAGAAUAAUUUCCAAAACGCGUUCCCCAAUUAAGGGAUGGYAAAAGUGUCACAUUCUUUUAAUAUUGAUCCGUAUUGUCACUUUGUAACAGAGAAAUAGGAAGUGAAAGAUUUUAAUGAUGUCAAACGYAAGUCAAACGUUAGAUUAAUCUUACAUAAUAUCCUUUAAGGCCAUGUUUACAUUGAGAGGCGGAUUUACAGAAAACGCAAAAAAAGCGAAUUAAUUAAAUAGUGUGAAAGAAAGAAAUGAAGUCAGUAAUGGACACCAAACUARCAAAAAGUCUUUCGGGUGAGAAAACCAGCGAUUUGAGUACGUAAUGGCCGAAUGAAUGACGUUAUUSAAGUGUCAGCUGCUUCAAGCUAAGACAGGUGAAGCAAAACAAGCUCUSUGUGAGUUUACAUUAGCUWCUAAAGAGGAAAAAAUAUUUAAAAAAAUCAAAACAAGAUCAUCAUAUUCAACCUUUGGWAGAGAAGAAAGAAACCCGAGGUGGAAGAAACAGAUGUCAGAGCCAUAAAAAUACUUUUACUAAUUAUCAGGGAUGUACUACAACUAAGUUAUURGUCGAAGUAACAACGAAGAGGAUUUGUAUAUUCACUUUGGAAUAUUCGAUAGUCUUAUCAAGAGUCCUCUAAAAGUACUUACWAUAUGCUAACAUGAGAGGUAUUUGAUGUUCUUAAAGAUACAAGGUUUCGCUAGAUGUUUCACAAGGGCAAUAAUAGACUUAAGAACAUAAUUGCCGUAMUUUAAUUCUGGAAAAGAGUUAUUGAAUCCAACUUGGAAAACUGACACAAGUACACCACGGAAAGCAAAGCAAUAUCGGGCAAGUCAGUAAAAAGUUUAGUUAGGUGUUUUAAAUUAAUUGUACACUAACUGAAAGCACUUUGUUUUCGGGAACCAUAAGUGGAAAAUAUCCGCUGCCAGGCAAUUCUGACAGAACGUUAUGGAUUUGAAAAGGUUUUAAGUAUUUGAGUGUUAGCAAUUCUUAUGAAAUCAAGCAACAAGCAGAGUGCUUCCAAGUAAAACUCGAUUGGUGAAGAGUUUCUUAACAUUAAAAGGACUUUGUGUACAAAACAACUGGAAUAUUCUGCUCCUCUUAAGAAUAUAUGUAGAUACUGCGUGGAUUUAAAAGAGCUAAACAYAUACAGGAUAAUAUACUUCAAAGAGUACAAUGACAAUAUAGAUUAGCUGAUAAAAUCGGCUUCGGAGGCAAUUUCUACCGAAUAAAAUGGCAAGCAAAAUAAAGAGCUCUUCUCAAAGGACUAUGAUAAACCGAGAGAUCACCUACGAUGGCAGAGCUGCUCAUCACAGACUAGGCACAAAAUCAGAAUUUUCUGGUAAAAAUCUACAAAAAUCUAAAAUUCGCCCAUCUACAGCUUCGUCAAUUUUCCCGCCACUGGACACAAGCCGAGCGACGAGCGCUCCUUCUACGCCGCGACUACAACAGCGACCGMGUUUAUCAAAAACAUCAAGUUUAACAUCGAUAGAUGUAGAUGUCAACGUGAAUAGGUUAAUUGAUCGAAGGGCGACUUAUUACGGAUCAGGAAUCGCAACCCCUCCAUUGUCGCCCGCAUUGAGGCGAAAACUAAUUAGAACGGAUUGCAUCAUGAGAGAGGCGAGACUAAAUAUCGACGACUAUCGACASAAAAAUCGUUUAUCGCAAGAACCGAAAAAAUCGGUUGUCGAUGCCAAUUCUCUAGCACAAUCUCUCGAAGAAGUUAAAAACUGUAGGUACUUGAGAACUGUUGAACACUCCAACUCUUAACGAUUUCUCGAAGUUUCUUUUACAACUAAAUUUCACAUUCAAUUCACAUCAUUAUAAUCAAUAAGUGAGCUUAUCAUACAACUUGAAAAACCUAAUCUCACUAUAUUUUCAUAUCUUAUGCUAUUAUCAAAACUGUAAGACAAAACGAUGAAAUUUUUGCGGUUGAGAGUCGCCUUGAAAUGAGAUUACUACGAUUUUACAAAGGGAUUGUGGUUGAAUAUUUGGUUUGAAAAAAACAGUGGUGUGUGGUCAACCUCGUUCCCAGGCCUUCUCUGCUCUUUUUUUCGGAAAAAGCCCUGGGAAUGAGCUUGGUAUGUGGAAUGAAACCGGGAUGCAAUUUGGACUGCUGUGGAUGAUUGGAUGAGUUGAAAUGCAUGAAAAUAACGGUUACCAUAUGUAAAAUUAAGUCAAGCUUGAUGUGCUACGCCUAUAUUUAGAAGUGGAGUGUGCAGGCUGCCACAGAAGAGACGAGAAGAGGGGAGGGGAGGGGAGGUGAUGGACCCACCAUACAAAUGCUACCACAACAGAAAUACAAACUAAGGACAACAGAAUGUAGAGAAGAUCCCAUAAUGUGGUGAGAACCCCUGCCCCCGUGCUGGAUCCGCUACUUGUGCAUGGACCGCGGAGCAGGGGGGAAUUUUCUUAAAUAAAGAAGCGAAGAACC